UCCAGUUCACUGAACACAGAGACACUCAGUCUCACAGCUUCACUUAUAGCAGACAUACACUGAUAUGUUCUUCUCAUGUUUAUGACUACAACAGAUCGCAAUAAGGAAUAUUUUCUCUUUUUCGCCUACAUUCGAGACAAUUCGGCUAUGAUGAUGAACUAUUUACUGUGAAAUUGGAUUAUUGGACUAUUUUUUUCAACGGUUUACCAAAUUGGUCGCGCUCCAUGAUUCUCUUUAAUUCAGGGCUCCUGCUAGUCAGAAAUGGUUGCCCGAGCAUUGACCAUUUUCCAUCAUGAGGAACGAGGAGCAACAUGUCGUCCCCCCCGCCCCUUUCCUCCACCCAGUGAGUCAGGAGAGGACCUUCGCUGCAUCACCACCACUUUCCAGUAUCUACAGACUUCAGGCUGGUACUGGCGUUCCAUCUCAUCGAGUGAGGCCCGGGAAGCUCUCCUUCAGCAGUCUGAAGGCACGUUUCUGGUACGGGACAGCAGUCAUCCUCAGUACAUGCUGGCCCUGUCAGUAAAGACCCGCUGUGGACCCACCAGCAUACGCAUAAACUACAGCAGGGGCUCCUUCUGGCUGGACUCGAUUUCCCCCAGCCUGCAGUCCUUCCCAGAUGUUCUUAGCCUCAUACAGCACUACAAGGCCUCAGGCCACGCACCACAGGGCCAGGCAUCUGAUGACAUUCAUCCCCAGACAAAGGCUGACCCUGCCAUGCACGCGUUUAACGACAGCGUAGUGCCUCUAAAGCUGGCGCACCCCCUGCACAAACCAGAGGCUUUCCCUUCUUUGCAGCACCUGACGCGCCUCACCGUCAACAGACAUGCAAACUGCCCCGACCAGCUGCCACUCCCAAAGCCUCUGCAAGACUAUCUGCAAGACUACCCUUUCCACAUAUGAGGGUCUCUAUCUCUCUAGUACAGGACACAGAGACAGGAACGUGGGUCAGUGUCACACUCGAUGACCACACACUGGGAAUCUGGGACAGUUUGACACCCCAGGCAACAGUUAAUGUCCCACAGGAAUCAUAUUGAAAAAAAUGAGCUCAGUCUUAUUAAAGUGAUAAUGCUGAAUAAUAUUUUUAUUAUUAUUUUCCUAUGUCAAUCUGUAAAUUUAAUUUAUUUCUACCAUGUAUCAAUAUGUAAGCUAUUUCUCUUUAUUUGUGCCAGUUCCCAGAAAUGAGUGUCAUUGUGUGGGACCUGAGGUUUGCAAAGAUUGUCAAACAAAGCAAUGUUUUUUUCACUCUUCAUGAAAUCAAUUAAACUGAUUAACCACAAGCCAACAGUGAUACACAGGGCAUAAUGAAGGUCUGCACACUGCUGGGCUCCAAAUAAAUAGUGUAUUUAUCAUUUUAAGACAAUUUAUCAUUCUGUAAGAUCUUCCUCGGGCAAUAUUCUCAUGUAACACUUUUGGGCACUAUAUCGAUCAUCAAAAAAUCUCUUAAACAUGUUUUUUUUACCCUUUGUGUUAUGGCUGUGCUAAUACAGCAUGUGUUUUUAUCAUUAUUUUGUUUGGGGGUACACAAAAUAUUUGUGUCACUUUUUUGACUUUCUGCAUGUCUGUAUUUUAUUGGGCAUGCUGAAAUCUAAUAUAAUUAAGAAUUCAAAGAGUUGAGAGUACAUUGAUAAGAUAAGUUGUUACUAAUUGUAUGAGGUCAUGCUGACUACUUGACAUGCAGAUUGGAAUGACAGAGGUGGGUGACAAGCAAUUUAAAAAGACAUAAUAAAACACAGGCAUGAACAUGUCUUACACAAUCAUUACCAGCGUGAACAUCAAAGGCUCUGGGGAAAAAACUAUUGUUGGCUAUUUAAGGACAUCUGUUUAUAAACUGGUUUUAUUCUCAGAAGAUGAUCGAUCAUAUGCCUGUGAAUUUGGAAAGACUGACAACUUGAACAUCCAGAUGAAUGUGAGAAAUUAGUACUGUUUUGACAGAAACACAUGAGUUGAUUUCCACGAGGUACAACUGGGCAGUACUGAAAAGCCUCUUAUCAGGAUUAGAGAAAGAGCUGCAUUUAUUAAUACACUUCUCUACCAACUGAGAACAGACUCUUUCUAUGUCUGUCUUAACCUAUCGUUGUGGAACAUUUAAACCUUUUCAGCAUCAUCAAAACACUUCUCUCAUUCCAAUUUAUAUCCAAUGCAUGAAAGCAUAAAGAUAUUUCUGUAUAUCAACCUUGGUCUAACAGAACAACUGACAGAUAAGAUCAAC